UCCCUCAGUAACAAUUCUGUGUCUGUCCCUGAGUAACAGUUCUGUGUCCCUGAGUAACAGUUCUGUGUCCCUGAGUAACAGUUCUGUGUCCCUGAGUAACAGUUCUGUGUCCCUCAGUAACAAUUCUGUGUCUGUCCCUGAGUAACAAUUCUGUGUCCCUGAGUAACAAUUCUGUGUCUGUCCCUGACUAACAGUUCUGUGUCCCUGAGAAACAGUUCUGUGUCCCUGAGUAACAGUUAUGUGUCCCUCAGUAACAAUUCUGUGUCUGUCCCUGAGUAACAAUUCUGUGUCCCUCAGUAACAAUUCUGUGUCCCUCAGUAACAAUUCUGUGUCCCUCAUAAACAAUUCUGUGUCCAUCAGUAACAAUUCUGUGUCCCUCAGUAACAAUUCUGUGUCCCUGAGUAACAGUUCUGUGUCCCUGAGUAAAACAGUUUCUGUGUCCCUGAGUAACAAUUCUGUGUCUGUCCCUGAGUAUAACAACUUCUGUGGUCCCUCAGUAACAAUUCUGGUGUCACCUCAGUAACAAUUCUGUGUCCCUGAGUAACAUAUUCUGUUUCCCUGAGUAACUAUUUCUGUGUCCCUCAGUAACAUAUUC